CCUGCAGGACCCUUCCCCCCCUGCCCCAUCAUGCUGUCCUGGAGUUGCUGGGCUCUGCUGCUCCUCUGUGCCACCACUGGGUUUUUUGGGUGGCUGGGCCUCGGCACCCCCCAAGAGGAGGUGGAUGUCCCCCCGGAGCUGGGGAUCCCCUGGAGCUGGGGAUCCCCCCACACGUCCCCUUCGAGAUGAUCACGGGUGACGACCGGUUCCAGGCUGAAGCCAUGUGCUGGAAGCUGUCACCCCUGGACUCCUGCUGCUGUCAGGUUGUGGUGCGGCUCCAGUCACCCUGUGCCGACCUGAGUGAGGAGGAGGAAGAGGCACCCAAGCUGGGGGUGGAUCUGUUCAACUGCCAGGCCAGCGCCAAGGGUCGCCGGACAUACCCCUGCACACCAGGCACGGAGGAGCUGCAGGAGCAGCGGGCCGGGUGGCUGCGGCCGAGACUGGAGAACCCCGUCCACCUCAGCCUGCAGCAGCCAGCACUGGAUGAGACCCUCAUCGCCAGCGGGGAGCACCGGGUGGCCCAGCUCAUGGAGGACAUCACCCAGCGGAUGGGGAACAUGAGCAGCCGUGGGGCCAUGGGGCUCCGGGAAGGGCACCGAGUUGUCCUGUCCGACCUCCACCACGCACAGGAAAAAGCUCAGGACAUCUAUUCCCAACUAGAGAGUGACCUGGCCCGUCUCCUGGCCCAGCAGCGCUGGAUGGAGGAGGUGAUGGAGAAGCUGCGGAGGGUCAACCAGAGCCUGGGGCUGAUGCUGGCAGCAGUGGAGGGUGCACGGAGCCGGCUGGAGAACAGUCUGCAGCACCUCCAUGCCAUCCUUGACCCAGCCGGUCGGAGCCCAGGUGCCAUCUCCACCUGCAUCCUACACGGCUCUUUCUUUGUGCUGCUGGUCGCGCUACUGGUGCCCACGCCGCCCCGUGCCAUCCUCCUCCUCCUCUUCCUUGCCUCCAGCACCCUCAGCGAGCUCCUUGGUAUCCCGGCACUCUCCACUCUCCUGGCCCUUGCUGUGGCAGGGCAGUGGUUGGUGGCGUCUGCCCGCCACGGUGCUGGGGGAUCCUGGCUGGUGCCUCCCCGGGAGGAGCCCCGUCACCGGCUCACCUCCACCCCGGACAGGGAGCACGCAAUGGAGCUGUUGCAGGAGGACCUGGACAGGAUGGAGAUCAGCUGCCUGCAAGAGCCCUCGUGCCUGGAGCAGCCCCCAGCGACGGCAGGGGAUCUCCCCGGCUUAGCAGGGUGGGUGUCACCCGUCCCCGGCGGCUGGAGGACAAAGCUGAGUUCAUGUGGGGUGAUGCUGGAGCCGGCUCUGGGUGCUGGGAAGCACUGGGAGCCCAAACACUGCAGCCCGAGCCAGUCUCUGGCCAGCAAUGUGUCCUUGCUGUCCCCACGGUCACCAUGCCAGGGGCUCACCAAGGCCGGGCAGCGAUGCCGGAAGAAAGCCAUCCCCGGGCAGGACUUCUGCCACGUCCACACCACCGGUCGAGCCUCGUGCAGCGGCUUGACCAUGGACUUGGCCCCCCGUGCUUGAUCCUCUACCCCCUUCCCAGAGGGGUUUUAAAACCCUUUUUUGGCUCUUCCAGCUCUUGGUGGAGGACACAUGGUGGUGCUCAGGACCCUAAGGGUGCCGUUCGACAUGAGUACAGGACCGUGCUGUGGGGCAGACGCUCCUCAUCCCACCAGUUUUAUGCUGUUUGCAUGUAUUUUAAUAAAUGCCAUAUUUACA